GUCGCAUCGAUAGUCUUUGCACCUUCCCUCGUUUGCCCAGUCUCGCACCUCUGUCCCCUUCAACGACGAAAAAUAAGCAACAAAAACACGGCUUGAUAGCCACAAGGAAGCAACAAAAAAGAUACGACGAUCCUGAACUCAAAAUAAGACAGGACGCGCCUGCACAUAAACGAGAGAAUCAGAGAAAGCUCGUCUCCUGUCUGGCAGUUUCGAUGCCUCCCGAAAAACUGACUGAUCUGCUAUGAAGAAGAACUGACCUGCCCUUUUCCGCCAAGACAUGAAAAACAUACAUACAUCCAUGCGUACACAGAGGCACACCGACAGGCAUACCCACAGGCAUCAUCUCUCAUUGAAGAAAUGCUGAUCGCAGAAAAAGACACCCGACAAGGCGGUAGACAGCCGAGCAGAAAAAUACUCAGUACUAAGAGGUACUAGGACUUGAUGUGUCUCACGAGCUCUUCAAAACACACAGCCCCCUUGCAAACUAAAGUCAGCUCAAGCGGUCGUUUAGGGAAUAUUCUGUCUGUCCCCUUCAAUUAGGCCCGUCUCGAGCUUCACUCGGCCUAGUCAUGCCAUGCAUCCGCCACACAGCCGGAGACGACCAUGGAUCGGGAGGCCACUACAAAAUGCACUACGAAAGGCACUACAAAAUGCACAACCACUUACAAAACACACCACCAAUUGAGUGUCACUUGGUCACAAACACAUUCUCAACAGUGAGCCUUUGUUUGGCCUCGUAGCGUCGCCCGAGGAUGUGGUGUCGACCCGUUCUGUCGCCAUGAUAGCUCUCCAGCCGACCGUCCUAUAUCGUGGUAUCGACGCGUCCCAAUUGCAUGGUAUUGUAGAUGUGGGCCACGACGGGGUUGGGCUUCUCCUUUCCGUCCACAAUGAUGUUCUCGGUAAAGUAGUUGUGGCCGAGAAGGAAGGGAUCGACUCCGACGUUGAAGUCAGCGCAAUCGACUGCAUACACGUUGCCUGACACUUUGGUCAUGUCCUCAGGGCCCGUCGUGCCUGCACAUUCGCAUCAAAUGCACACGUGCGGAAUGUUCGAGCGCUCUCGUUGCUCGUCCAUACAUCCGUGCUCCCUUACCUAGUCGUCGCGACCACGAGCCUUUGCUGACGAGGUUGGCAUAUUUGCUACCAAUGAGCGCCUUGUCGUCCCACGCAUGGUACACAGACACAGUACGGGCGGCCUCAGCGAUCGACGAGUGCCCCUCGAGAGCUUCGUUCACGACAUCCGCCGCCACCAUGAAGAUCCCUCGAAAGGCGUUCGCCCCCACAUCAUCCUCGAUCUUGGCCAGAUCCAUCGUGCUGAGAAGCAAUCGAUUGCCCAUAGAGUGCGCCAUCACGUACGGCCACUUGGCUUCAUCCGCAGGAACGGGUUGCUGGAGCCGGCUCCACUUGAGAAACUUGCCCAACGCUACUUCGAAGGCGGCCGCAGACAUGUGGGCAGCGAUUUGGUCACUCCAGUAGUCACGGAGGAUGCCGAAGCGAUUGCCGCAAGGCCAGAUGAGGAGGACGAUCUGAGUGUUGUUGGGUUCGAUCGAGUCGAACUGCGCUUGAAGGGCGGCAGCCUGUGUGAAGACGCCGUACUCCCAAGGGGAGGUCUCCGGCUCCGAGUUGAAGCCGUGGAUAUAGAACAAGACGUGCUUGGCCUUGCUGUUCCACAGAUCGUCUGCAUGCAUGAAGGGAAAGGGGUCGACACAGAGAUGUGGGAAUCUAUCGCAUGACAUUGUGGAUGGCUUACCGAUGAAGGUGGAGGCGCUGAUCACUUCGUGGCCAUCAGGGUGGUCGGGGUCGAAGCGGCAAUAGCGCACAAUCGCGCGAGGCUGGUUGUUUGCCUCAUCGAAUUUGACCCGACCGAGGGAGAGGGCAUCCAUCUCUUCCUUGGCCCCCUUCGGGUCAAACUGGCGGUCCUUGUUCAUCAUAUGGUUCGUGAUGAACAGCAUUCCUCUGCAGCACGCAUACCCACAACACACGGCAUAGACUCAUCACUCAUGUACCGUGCCUCAUCGGGUGCAAUGGCUUACUUAUGAGGCCUCACAGUGUCGAGGUUCCCUGCAAUGGCCGCCAUCGUGCUCAGCACAACGCAGAGGACGACGGCCGACUGAAGAGCUCGAUAUCCUUACAUGGUGACUGACGGCUUCGCAAGAGGUGGAUCCGCUGGAUCAGCAGCAGGUGGAGUGAUGGGAGAUUUGAGCCCGUUGAGGUAGUCGGCCUGUCUGGGACACGCGUGGGACUGUGGGACAUGGGAACAGAGGAGCGGUCGAGUGAACGAUAGUCAGGGAUGUGGGUGGAACAGAUUGCUGAUGUGAUGCCGAAUGUUGCAUGCGAGUGGGGCCAGUUGCGUUUGCGUAACGACUCGGCAUGUUGAGAAAAGUGCCCAGUCUAAGUGGUGGAAGCUGCG